UCUAUACAUACAUUGCAUACACGUCCAUACACCGAUACACGCGUACAUAAAUGCGUAUAUAUGUUUAUACAUCUCCAUAUAGAUAGAUGUUGAAGAAGGCAUGCACGUGGUUCUUCGUCAUAUGGUGGAAGCCACAUAUAUAAACAUAUCGAUAUAUAAUUUGUAUACAGACAUUAAUGAGAGAAGAAGCUUUUGCUGAAGGAAGAGAAGAAGAAGAAGAAGACAGAGAGAGAGAGAGAGAGAGUAUUAAAUUCAUUCACCUGCUUACUUUCCAGCCAAGGCACACUCUUCACACCCAUUUCUCCAUUAAUCUUCUGUACUUAUUUGCUUUCUCUCUCUCUCUGAGCUUCUCUCAAAAUUCACAAUUUUUCUGCUUUUGUUUCGGAAACCUAGAAAGCCCAGAUUCUAUUAUCUGUUUCUGAACCUGGGUUUUCCUAGAAUUUGUGAUUCUUAAAUUGUUUCUCGAGGUUUUGAUUCGUUUUUUCCUGGUGAAGAGGUUGAAAAGAGGAAAAUGCAGCUGAAAUUUCUCCGCUUUGGCUCAAUCCCAAGAAGACCCAUUAUGUUCUAUGUUCUUCUUCUUCUUCGUCUCCAAUUUCGACUUCUGUGGAAGAAACGGUGUAGUUUAUCGAAUCGGUUUCGAAUUCGGAUCCGCGAGCCGAUAAUGCCAAUCGGGUAGAUCCAAUUUCGCCAAGCAUGAGAAGGGUUUAUUAUCGUUUCUGGGUUUCGGUGAUUACUGCCAUUUUCAUUACAUCAUCUCCGUGUUUCUCGUACACAGCCGAGGAACGAGACAUCUUGCUGCAAUUCAAAGAGACCAUCACCGAUGAUCCGUACAACAGCUUGGCUUCAUGGGUCUCCAAUGGCGACUCCUGCAAGAGCUUCAAUGGAGUGUCUUGUAAUCCAGAAGGGUUCAUCGACAAGAUUGUGCUUUGGAACACAAGCCUCGCCGGUUCCCUAACGCCGGCACUGUCCGGUCUCCGGUCUUUGAGGGUUUUGACGCUAUUUGGCAACAGGUUUACAGGUAACCUACCUCUGGAGUACUCCAAGUUGCUAAAUCUGUGGAAAAUCAAUGUCAGUUCCAACGCAUUGUCUGGUUCCAUCCCCGAGUUCAUAGGAGACUUGCCUAGCUUAAGGUUUCUCGACUUGUCCAAAAAUGGAUUCUUUGGAGGGAUUCCUGUCUCUUUGUUUAAGUUCUGUUACAAGACAAAGUUUGUCUCACUAUCUCAUAACAAUCUCUCUGGAACAAUUCCCGGGUCGAUUGUGAACUGUAACAAUCUCGAAGGCUUUGAUUUCUCUAACAAUGACAUUACUGGUCAGUUGCCUCGAAUCUGCAAUAUCCCAGUUCUUGAAUAUGUGUCUGUAAGAAGAAAUGCAUUAUCGGGUGAUGUGCAAGAAGAGAUAUCCAAAUGCCAGAGGUUGAAACUGCUGGAUAUUGGAAGCAAUUCUUUCGACGGGUUGGCACCUUUUGAGGCUCUCCAGUUCAAGAACAUGACAUAUUUCAAUGUUUCCGGAAACCUGUUCGGUGGAGAGAUUGGCGAAAUCGUUGAAUGCAGUGAGAGUUUGGAGUUUUUGGAUGCCUCGUGGAAUGGUUUAACCGGUAGUAUCCCAACCGAUAUAACUGGUUGCAAGAGUCUUAAGCUUUUGGACUUGGAGUCUAAUGAACUGAAUGGCAGUAUCCCGGGAGGUAUGGAGAAGAUGGAGAAGCUCUCUGUGAUCAGAUUAGGCAAUAACUCUAUAGACGGGACAAUACCGGUAGAGAUAGGAAAUCUCGAGUUUCUGCAGGUUUUGAAUUUGCAUAACCUCAAUCUUGUCGGUCAAAUUCCAGAGGGUAUUGUCAAUUGCAGGGUGCUUCUUGAACUAGAUGUUUCAGGAAAUGCAUUAGCUGGAGAGAUCCCUAAGAACAUAUUCAACUUAACCAACUUAGAGAUUCUUGAUCUGCACCACAACCGUAUCAAUGGAAGCAUUCCGUUUAGUCUUGGAAAUCUCUCCAGAAUCCGGUUCCUUGAUCUUUCGCAGAAUUUACUUUCCGGGCCUAUCCCGUCUUCCCUCGGGAACUUGAAGAUGCUGACACAUUUCAAUGUUUCUCACAACAACCUCUCGGGCAUUAUCCCUCCUGUUCCUACAAUCCAAACUUUCAAAGAAUCUGCAUUUUCCGACAACCCUUUCCUUUGCGGCGAUCCUCUCAAAACACCAUGCAAUUCACAUGGAACCGCAGCAAAAUCCAGAAACCCUAAAGCUCUAAGCAUCUCUGUUAUCAUUGUUAUCAUUGCAGCAGCUGUCAUCCUUGUCGGUGUCUGCAUAGUGCUUGUCUUGAACCUGAGGACCCGUCAAAGGAAACGAGAUGAAGAAAGACUUGCUAUCGAAACCACUCCUCUGGCUUCAACCGAAUCAAGUGGCCUCAUUAUCGGGAAACUUGUUCUUUUCAGCAAGAGCUUGCCAUCCAAGUACGAGGACUGGGAGGCCGGUACUAAAGCCCUGCUUGACAAGGAGAACAUAAUAGGCGUCGGAUCAAUUGGAACGGUCUAUAAAGCGACUUUCGAAGGCGGGGUUUCCAUUGCAGUGAAAAAGCUCGAUACUUUAGGAAGGAUCAGAAACCAGGAAGAGUUCGAGCAAGAAAUCGGGCAGCUUGGAGGUCUGCAACACUCGAAUCUUGCUUCCUUCCAAGGUUACUACUUUUCCUCAACAAUGCAGUUAAUUCUCUCUGAAUUUGUCCCGAAUGGAAGCCUCUACGACAAUCUACACCUGAGAAUCUACCCGGGAACGAGCACUAGCCAUGGAAACACCGAUCUGAAUUGGUAUAGGAGAUUCCAGAUUGCAUUAGGAACGGCAAAGGCACUCUCUUACCUUCACAACGACUGCAAACCCGCGAUUCUUCAUCUGAAUCUGAAGUCAACCAACAUACUUCUGGACGAAAACUACGAGGCAAAGCUAUCGGAUUACGGAUUGGGGAAGUUCCUUCCGGUUCUAGACAGCUACGGUAUGAACAAACAGUUUCACAGUGCAGUUGGGUAUAUAGCUCCAGAGCUAGCACAGAGCUUGAGAGUGAGUGAGAAAUGUGAUGUGUACAGCUAUGGUGUGAUUCUUCUUGAGCUGGUUACAGGUAGAAAACCAGUGGAAUCUCCCGGGAAAAACGAGGUAUUGAUCUUGAGGGAUUAUGUGAGGGAUUUGCUGGAAACGGGUUCGGCUUCUGAUUGUUUUGACAGAAGGUUGAGAGGGUUUGAAGAGAAUGAACUGAUACAAGUCAUGAAGUUCGGGUUGAUUUGCACGUCUGAGAAUCCGCUGAAGAGGCCGAGCAUGGCUGAAGUUGUUCAGGUUCUUGAAUCUAUCAGAAAUGGCAUGGAUUCUUGAGGAAACUCCUUUAGUUUUUGCACAAAGAUUGCAGAGAAAUAUGCAGUGACUAGGAAGAGAGAUCAAGGGAAAGUUCAUUCUUUUGUGGUUUAGGUUAUCACAGUUACGGUGUCUUAGGUUCAAUUUUUUUCUAUGAAAUCUGCAUUCUUUCCCCUUGAUUUUUUUUUGAAAUAAAAAAAAAAGAAUCGAUUUUUUCAUUCGGGUUUGUUGGUGUAUACGAAAAAUUGGGUUAACCGGGCGGUUAUGAUUCAACCAAUUCCCGGUUUAUUUACUCAAUGCAGACUACCUUUCGGAUA